CCCCUUCUCUAUAGUUGACGUUAUAAAGCUGGGUAAACCGUACAAGCAGAGUGUUGUCAUGGAGAAAGUAACCAAACUAUGUGUAUUAAGUUACUUUCUACACACUGAAUAACACGCUGAACUAACAUUUUUUAGACAAAUUUAAGUUAAUUUUUAGCCCUCACAGAAAGAUCCGCAAAUUACAAUCAUGAAAGAUUUUAGCAGCUUGUCCAUCUUUGUGCUUAUCAACCUGCUGCUGCUGGAGCGCUCAUCGUGUGCUGGUGACUCAAGUGUUGUGAAUCCCUGUUGUUACUACCCUUGUCAGAACUCAGGAGUGUGUGUGAGAUUCGGUGCAGAUCGCUAUGAAUGUGACUGUACUCGUACUGGCUUCUACGGAGACAACUGCACUGUUCCGGAGCUCUGGACCAGACUUCGUCUCAUGGUGAAGCCGAGCCCCACGAUGGUUCACUUCAUCCUCACACACUUCCAGUGGUUUUGGGACGUCGUCAACAGCUCUUUCCUGCGAGACACGUUCAUGAGAUUAGUGCUGACAGUCAGAAGCGACCUUAUUCCAAGCCCUCCGACCUACAAUACCAAAUACGGAUACCUCAGCUGGGAGUCCUACUACAACAUCUCCUACUACACUCGUCUCCUCCCUCCUGUCCCUGAGGACUGUCCUCUGCCGAUGGGGACUAAAGGUGAGACCAGCACAACUGUCCACAGACGACCGCGCUCCUGAGCAAAUCUUUAAAUGUUUCUUUUUCUCUGCAGUAAACCGCUUCUUCCUGAUCCCAAAGUGUUGGCUGAGAGGUUUUUUAGGAGAAAGAAAUUCAGGCCGGACCCUCAGGGAACCAAUCUGAUGUUUGCCUUCAUGGCUCAACACUUCACCCACCAGUUCUUCAAGACAAACCAAGAAGUUCAGUGGGGCUUCACCAAGGCUUUAGGACACGGGGUAGAUGCAGGUAAUAUUUACGGAGAAAACCUUGCGCGACAGCUUCAACUCCGGCUUCAUAAAGAUGGAAAACUGAAAUAUCAGUUGAUAAAUGGUGAGAUGUACCCUCCGUCAGUAUCUGAGGUCCCUGUUCACAUGGUGUAUCCUGAGAGAGUCCCUCCAGAGAGGCGUCUGGUCACGGGUCAGGAGUUGUUUGGCCUCCUGCCGGGCCUCACCAUGUACGCCACCAUAUGGCUGAGAGAGCACAACAGAGUCUGUGACGUCCUGAAGGCAGAACAUCCCACCUGGGACGAUGAGCAGCUCUUCCAGACCACCAGACUCAUCAUCAUUGGAGAGAUCAUCAACAUAAUAAUCGAGGAGUACGUGCAGCACCUCAGUGGUUACCACCUGAGCCUGAAGUUCGAUCCCAGCCUGCUCUUUAAUGCACGUUUCCAGUACAGCAACCGCAUCGCUCUGGAGUUCGGCCACCUCUACCACUGGCACCCACUGAUGCCCGACAGCUUCCUCAUCGACGGAGAUGAAAUCCAGUACUCCCAGUUCAUGCACAACACCUCCCUCCUUAUGCACUAUGGGGUGGAGAAACUGGUGGAUGCCUUCUCCCGACAGCCUGCAGGACAGAUCGGUGGAGGUCAAAACUCUCAUGAAAUUGUGCUCAGAGUGGCAGAAAUGGUCAUCAGAGAGUCUCGAGCAACUCGUGUGCAGCCCUUUAAUGAAUACAGGAAGAAGUUUAACCUGAAGCCAUACAACUCUUUUUAUGAGUUUACAGAUGACGUAGAAAUGGCCAGAGGUUUAGAGGAGCUCUAUGGUGACAUUGAUGCUCUGGAGUUCUACCCCGGCGUCAUGCUGGAGAAAACGCGGCCUAACCGCCUGUUUGGUGAGAGCAUGGUGGAGAUGGGCGCUCCGUUCUCCCUGAAAGGCCUAAUGGGGAACCCCAUCUGCUCCCCCGAGUACUGGAAGCCCAGCACCUUCGGAGGAGAGUCGGGUUUCAAUAUCAUCAAAACGUCCACUUUGAAGAAACUGGUGUGCCUCAACACCAAGUGGUGUCCAUACGUGGACUUCCAUGUUCCCCGAAAUGAGGAGGAGGCGAAACCAAGGAAACCAUCUACCGAACUUUAAUGAAUAUUCACCAGGUGAUCUGUGAUUUCAUUAAUCGGUUUUAAUACUGACUCCCAUGUCAGUGUGUGGUAAAGAUUUGCCGUAAUCCCAUUAAGACCAGAUUUUAGGAGCAGAGUCAUUUUAAUGAUCUUCUCUUUUCUCAUAAUUCUGAAUAUUUAAUCAAGCUCACAGUGAAGGACGUACUUGAAAUUAAAGCAGGACUACCUCCCUCAAAUACACUUUACAAAUUCCAUAAUUUACAGAGCAAGAAAAUUCAUCUGGAGCUCACAAGUAUAUUUUAGUUUGCUAAUGAUAUCAGUUAGUAUGAAUAGCUUGAUCUGCUUUUUGUUGUGUUAUGGAUGGAUGGAUGGAUGGAUAGAUAGACAGAUAGAGAGAUAGAGAGAUGGAUAGAUUUUCCAAACAUGUAAAACAAACAAAAAAAGCUAAAAAAUAAAACACAAUGGCAAUAACAAACAUGGAUGAUAAUCUAUUCUCAAUGAAUAGCUUCAUAUAACAUAAUAAUAACAUAUAAACAUACACUUAAAUAUUUACACACACAGACUCACAUAACUACCAACACACACACACACACACAAACAUAUAUGAAAUACCUUACAUUUCUAUAGAAAUUACUUGUUGAAAGAAGAUAGUGAAUCAGAGAGUGGACUGCAUCCCGCACUGGCUUCCCACCUGCUAACUCUUGGUUGUGUUGGUUGAAAUGGCUGAAACCUGUGUGUUGCUUUUUUCAUAAUAAAAAUUCUUAUUAAAAUAUAACAAUGGAAGCCUUUAAA